CACCCAAGCAGGUUUUUGUAGCAGCAGGACAUUGGCGUCAUUCCGUCAUCCCAGGUUGCAGCCAUGCUGCAGUUCCAAACAAGACGUUGCGGAGCCAGCAACUUCAACUUCGGCACCAAUCGCCACGUCGACGCAUGGGACAUCCGGCCGAGCGAUGGCCUUGUUUAAAGCAAGCAAGCUCGGGAGACAGCCUAUUGUAGAGGCACAGAGGCCCCUAGCGGAGUACAUGGCGUUGCCCGCUAGCCAGUACUCCGUGUUGGACGCGCGGCGCAUAGAACGUGUGGACGAUUCGACAUUUCGGUGCUACGUGGGUGAGCUGCGCUUCUUCUCCUGGUCCGUGGAGCCCGUCAUCACUGUAUCUGUGACGGUGGAGCCGGGGGGCUGCACCAUACGACUGCUGGAUUGCAAGUUGCAAGGCAGCCGGUUUGUAGAGGAUAUAAACGACAAGUUCUCCGCCACUAUGACCAAUGUGGUCCGGUACCGGGACUACCAGCCGCCUGCCGGAGAGGAGGAGGAGGAGGUGGAGACGGAUCAGGGCCACGGAGCGUGGCAGCAGCAGCAGGAGGAGGAGGCUGCAGCCGCAUUGCCGUCACGAUCGGCAACUGGGGGCCCCUCACGAAAAGAGAUUCUAAGCGACACGACAAUUCAGGUGUGUGUGGAAGUGCCCCCCUGGAGCGGCUUCCUGCCAGUGGCGACCAUCGAGGGCGUCGGUAGCAACGUCAUGCAGAACGUGCUCAAGGUCAUGGUGCCUCGCUUUCUCGCUCAGCUACGGACAGACUACGAACUUUGGGCGAGCGGAGAUGAGUCGCGACGACCUGUUGGGGAGCUGUAGCCGUGAAGCUGAAGCAUAUUGUUUGCUGGAAACUGAUGAUGAGUAGAUGAGCGCCAUGGGGGUGGUUUGGUUUGCAAAGGUGACAUGUAGCAAUAGCUGUUGCCGUCCCGCAGUCGCGUCGCUUCGUUAGGCAGUGCACAUUUUGCUUUGGUGCUGUUACAACAACAGCAGCAGCUGCUGCUGCUGCUGCUGCUGCUGCAGCUGCUGUCGCUUUUCUUUUCUGGCACAUCAGUACCCAGCCGCGUGCAGCCAUGCGGGGGGCGGGUUGGGGCGAGUGGGGGCUCGCAGAUUAAGACUUGCGUGGAGGCGAUUGAAUAAUCAGCAAGGCCGGCACGCACUUGCAAACCGGUUGGCAAUUGCGAGAACCGACAAGUCUGUCAGCUGUGAGCGCGGCUAUAGUUUUUUUUUGAGUGUGUGGACUCGACAUAUACAUGCAUAAUGAGUUACGCGUGCAGGAUGGGAAGCUGGCAGGCGAUGGUUUUUGCUUGGAGGAGAUUUUAUGACGAGGGGGAGAUUUAAUGCUUUCGUUUCCUGAUGCAUUCAGCAAUGUGCGCGCAACAGCCCUUUGAAGGGCCUCCUUUUGCACUUACCUUUUGUUGUUGCUGUGCGUGAUGGGCGGAUGUGAGGUUGGCUUUCCGCGUUCGCGGUUCACAUGUACGCAGCGGUGUCGUCACUACACGGUGUACCUCGGCUAUGUCCCGGGGGAGUAGGUAGGGCCUCUGGCAGGAGAACAACCGAGCCUAGCUCACUAUCUUAGAACCUGACCUGCGUUUUUCCAGUUGGAAGCUGUUCUGUUC